AUGAGAGACCGUUUGCAGGAGCUACAGCUGAGGACUCAAGACUUUUCUGAUGCAGCAUCUGAGAAUACCAAUCCUCUCUCAGUGGAGGGCAAUAAUGAUGACUCUGCGGUGAUUGGGGUCAUAACGCCACAGGCUGUGGUGUUUGAGGAGGAGCCAGUAAUUGAGAAUUUCCUGUCAGAGGUUCAGCAAAUCCGAGAUGACAUCACAGUGCUGGACACAGAGGUCCUUAAGUUCUGCCAACAGCAGAAGACGCUGGUUGCAACAAUGCGACGUUUCAGUGUGAUGAAGAAGGAGAGUAGCAUAACCCGGGACAUCAAACUCCGAGCAGAAAGCCUUCACCGACGUUUAGAGUCACUUUUAAAACAGGUCCAAAGGACUGAAGACCAGCAGGGACCCACUGCUGUUACUACGAGAAUACAACGCUCCCAGCAUGCAGCACUGUACCGUAAAUUCCAGGAGGUAAUGCGACGGUAUAAUGAAGGUUUGCUGACCAAGCAGGAUUGCUGUAAGCACUUCAUUAUCCGGCAGCUGGAGGUAUCAGGAAGAGACGUGACAGAGGAGGAGGUGAAUGAGAUGGUUGCCACAGGAAAAUGGGAGGUCUUCAAUGAGAACCUGUUAAAUGAUGCCAAAAUCACACGGUCACAGCUAUCUGAGAUUGAGCAGCGACACAAGGAAUUGUUGAGCCUGGAAAACAAUAUGAACGAGCUGAGGGACCUCUUCAUGGACAUUUUCAUGCUGGUGGAGGAACAAGGAACGUAUAUCGAGCACAUCCAGACCAAUGUAGAGAGGACACAAGAGUAUGUGGCAACAUCUAAUGAGAAGUUUAAGUUGGCUGCCAGAUACAAGAAGAAGAACCCACUCCGACAGCUGUGCUGCUGCUGCUGCCCUCCAUGGAGAUGCUGCUUAUAAAAUAGCAGUUUCCUAAAAAUGGAUAUAUUGGCUUAUAUACAUUUUUACCUCAAUGGUCAU